CAUCAGCGAACGCAACUCGCACACACAUGCCUUUCUUCCUCGCCAUGGCAAGCAUCGCCGCAGCAUCUCGCCAUCGGCGCACAAGAGCAUAGCCGCGCGCCGCCACCGGCCUCAUAUGAACAUGUCCUAAGCUUGCCGCCGCAUGCAACCGCACCUCGCAAGCCACGGCGAGAGGCUCUGGUCUUGCAGCUAGCUUGUGAUGGCGGCAUCGUCCUUGCCUUGACACCCAGGCCAAAUUAACCAGCCAUGCGAGCCACCGUCCCCACCACCUCCGAGGCUGCUUGCUUGCCGUGCUCGCACGGCCAUGGCCGCGGCAGCGCGGCCGCCGCCGCCUACGCCGUGGCGGCGUGCCUUGUGGCGGUGACCUUCUUGGCGCUGGCUGCCUUGGACCCCAGGACGCAAGCUUCCUGGUUCCUGUCUUCUUCCUCCUCCUCCUCCUCUCUCUCCUCUUUCACAUCGUUGCAGCCGAGCGGAGGUGGCGGUGGCGCCGAGCACCUCCUGGUCACCUCCAGCUCGUACUCCGACGGCGGCGACGGCGGCCGCAGGAACAGCACCGGCAAGGAGGUGCACGAGGAGUUGCAGGUACAGGGUGGUGGUGAUGACCUCCUGCUGUCCUUCGCCAACUCCAACUCCGGCCAUGACGUGCUUCAGCUCUCCGUCACGCCGCCGGCUGCACCGGAACCGAAACCGGCGCCGGCUCCAGCUCCAGCUCCAGCUCCGGAAAGUUCGGAUGAGGCGAUCCAAGCCACGCCACAGUUGCCGAGGAGAAGGGAUGUAAAAUUGGAGCGAUUGGAGCUUGGUCUGGCCAAAGCUCGGUCAGCGAUAAUGGAAGGUAUCCGGAACAAGGACAAUAGACCUCCGUUGGCUGACAAAGAUUACGUGCCAAUGGGACCGAUCUACAGGAAUGCCUAUGCAUUUCACAAGAGUUACCUGGAAAUGGAGAAGCUGUUCAAGGUCUACGUGUACGAAGAAGGCGAGCCACCGGUGUUCCACGAUGGGCCGUGCCGUAGCAUAUACUCGACGGAGGGCAGGUUCAUCUACUCCAUGGAGAUGGAGAGCCGGCUGCGGACCAGGGAUCCGGACCUCGCCCACGCCUUCUUCCUGCCCUUCAGCGUCGUCAAGAUGGUGAAGAUGAUCUACGAGCCCAACUCGCACGACAUGGGCCCGCUCAAGCGCACCGUCUCCGACUACAUCGGCGUGCUGUCCACCAAGUACCCCUACUGGAACCGCAGCCUCGGCGCCGAUCACUUCAUGCUCUCCUGCCAUGACUGGGGGCCUUAUGUGUCGUCGGCGAAUGGUCACCUCUUCGGCAACUCCAUCCGGGUGCUGUGCAACGCCAACACGUCGGAGGGCUUCAACCCGUCCAAGGACGUGUCCCUGCCGGAGAUCAACCUCCGUAGCGACGUCGUGGACCGGCAGGUGGGCGGGCCCUCGGCGUCGCGCCGCCCGAUCCUGGCCUUCUUCGCCGGCGGCAACCACGGCCCGGUCCGUCCGGCGCUGCUGGCGCACUGGAAGGGGAAGGGCGACCCCGACGUGCAGGUGAGCGAGUACCUGCCCCGCGGCGUGUCGUACACGGACAUGAUGCGGCGGAGCCGCUUCUGCCUGUGCCCCGGCGGGUACGAGGUGGCGUCGCCGCGGCUGGCGGAGGCCAUCUACCUCGAGUGCGUGCCGGUGGUGAUUGACGACGGCGAGUACGCGCUGCCGUUCGCCGACGUGCUCAACUGGGACGCGUUCGCCGUGCGGCUCCCCACCGCCGACAUCCCGCGGCUGAGGGAGGUGCUCUCCGCCGUGUCGCCGCGGCAGUACAUCCGGAUGCAGCGGCGGGUGCGGGCGGUGCGGCGGCACUUCAUGGUGCACGGCGGCGCGCCGCGGCGGUACGACGCGUUCCACAUGAUCCUGCACUCGGUCUGGCUCCGCAGGCUCAACGUCAGGAUCGCCGCGCAGGGGUGAUCGAUCUCUCCCGGAGCGGAGCGUGCCACAUAGGAGUACUAAUUAACAGAGGACGCGGUCUGAAUUUCUCAACUGUGAUGGAGAGUGAGUUGUGUGUGUUGGUGUACAUUUUGACAGGGAUUUGGAGGAAUCUUGGAACUUUGAUUUUGGAAAGGAAAUUAAUGGUGUGCAACCUGCACACAAACUAGGGAUGUUGAACUGUAUAGAGAAUCAGUGAAAAGGGCUGAUGUAGAGCUAUCCUUUCUUGUAAGUCGUUAGUCAGAUCCCAUAGUCUGAAUGUUUGCUUCAGACUUCAAUAAAUUUCUGCAUAAUUUUCCAA